AUGAGCGUCACCAUUGACGCGCUCUACGUCUUUGAUGAUCACAACAACUGCGUCCUCGAACACAUUUACUCCGGUCGCCCACCAUCUGCGCAGGCCCUCAUCACUAGUUUGACUGCGCGAACCGGCCCUCGACCCUCCAUCCUCCAACUCUCAGACCUCGCACCACCAACCACAGCAUACUCGAUUUCUCCUUCGGGGUUUCAGCUGAUUGCAGUAUCUGGCAAAGAUGCCCAGUCGCUGGCCAUCCUCGAUUUCCUCCAACGAGUCCUCGAUGUUUUUGAGGAUUUUCUUGGGAGCCCCCUCCUAACCACAAAGAUUGAAGACAAUUAUGAAAUUGUGGCCCAAUUACUGGGUGAAAUGUGUGAUGGAGGCAUAGUAUGCAACACCGAACCCAAUGCGCUGAGAGAGUCGGUAGAAGUUUCCUCAGUGCUUGGAAAGUUGUUCACGCACGUAGGACUGCCUGGGGCUUCGCCCGCUCUCGGGCCGUCGAGCAACUUUUCCUCCAGCCUUCGUGGGACUGCUUCGCCUCCUGUAGGACCAGCAAUCCCAUGGCGGAGGUCCAAUGUCCGACACACCUCUAACGAGCUAUAUGUCGACAUCAUUGAGAAUCUGUCAGUGAUAUUCGCCCCCUCGGGUCGUCCCAUAUCCGCGCGGUCACACGGUUCGAUUGCAUUCACAGCCAAAAUAUCUGGGGUGCCAGAUUUGCUGCUGGUAUUGACCGCGCCCGGAGGCACCAGCAGUGCCAAAACCUCGGGAAUCACUCGCACUAUGCAACUCCCAGUCUUCCAUCCCUGCGUCCGAUUAGCGCGAUGGAAAGAACACCCAGGAGAGCUGUCAUUCGUCCCGCCAGAUGGCCGUUUCAUGCUUGGAGGCUACGAGACCGACUUGAUGCCCACUUCCCUCGACACGGAUCAGCCUCCCAGCAAAAGUGACAAAGUAUUCCUACCAGCCACUGUAGACCUGCGAAGUGGACUUGGUAGUUCCGGUUCCGAAUUCGAAGCCAAAUUGACCUUGAACAACAAUUUUCCCGGUGUUUCUUCGGCCACCAAACCGGCCGCCUCGCGGACAAGUUCAGGCCCAAUGUCUUCAUUGUCCUUCGGUGGUGCCAGCAGUGGUAGUUCCAGUGCCCCGACAUUGGAAGCCGUGAUGGUCACAAUACCAUUUCCUUCCGACGUGCGGAGCGUCACUGAAUUGAAGGCCUCGAGGGGGGAAGCUACGUUCAAUGCGUUUGAGAGGGUUGUCGAGUGGAAAGUCCCCACCAAGGACGGCGCAUCGAUCAACGGAACAGCGACAUUGACGGGCACAGUGGCGGGCGCGUUCAAUGCGCAGAGUGACAUGGACGAAGAGACACAGGCCGCCGAAAUCGGGAAACAGAACACCAUGGCAGGGUACUACCAGGAAGAUGUCGUCGCCAACCAGGGCACAGCCUCUGAAUCAUCAGGAGGCAAUGGCAGCGCCAAGAGAACGCAAGCGAUCAAGGCGCUGAUGCCACGGUCGAUCGCCGUCUCGUUCAGUGUCAAAGGAUGGCUACCCAGUGGGAUCAAGGUCGACAGCUUGAUGGUCGACGUGAAGAAAUCCAAGGGACUGGGCGACGGUGUGCGGCCGUAUAAAGGCGUCAAGUACCUUACAGUGAGUAGACAAGGUGUUGAGAGAAGGGUGGAAUAA